UGACUCGUUAGAAACUUCUCUAAAUGUGCAAAUGGCAGCAUAUCUUUAUAUUGUUUUACUUAGUGCCACGCACACAGGGACUUCAAAGACGGGAAUCAUUGGAGUUACAUUCAAUGCUUCUUGAUGAAAUCGAUAGUCUACUAUCGGAGAUAGAAUCAAACCAUAGGGCGCUCCGCAUUCAUCGGCAGUCAUGUAACAACAGCUUAAUUGAAGUAAAUGGUCUGGCCACUGGUACCUCUUUAUUGAAGAGCACAGAAAAGCAGUUAGAAUCCUUGAUACUACUCUUUAAAACUGGCUGUCCAAAUGAAUAUCAUCGGAAUAUUUCGAAAGCCCGCUCGCCAUACGAGUAUAAGCCAGUUCAUUUUGCCUAUAUACCAGAAGAGGGACCUUUUGACCGUUGUCCUCCAACAAACCCACCUUGCCAGGGAUUAGGCCAUCCUACUAGUCGUCCUCCCACUCCGCCACCACCUCCACCUCCUCCACCUCCUCCACCUCCUCCACCUCCUCCACCUCCUCCACCUCCACCACCUCCACCACCAACUACUACUGCAAUGCCUACUACUAUUCCUACUCCUACUACCGCAAUGCCUACUACUACUACUCCUACUACUACUAUUCCUACUACUACUGCAAUGCCUACUACUACAAUGCCUACUACUACUACUGCUGUGCCUACUACUACUACUACCAUUAAAUCGACUACUACUACGGCUACUAAACCCAUCAAAUCUACUACUACUUCGCCUAAAACUACACCUUCAACUCUCAAAACUACUAUACGUCCGAAUUUUGUGGAUCCUACUUCCACACAAGGCACAACUAACUCAGACGAAGAAGAUAGUAUCUUAAACUAAAAUUUCCUUAAUAUAAUAUUAGCUUUACAAAAAGAUACAUUUUUACAAUUAAA